AUGAAUAAUAUUGAUGAAGAAGAGGAUCAUAAUGUUUUAGUAAACAAUUUUACCGAAGUUUGUUGUGUCGAUCAUGCGUCAGCGCAAGUUUUUUUACGUAAAUAUAGGUGGAAUUUUGAACGAGCUGUCCAAAAAUUUUAUCAGAACAAUGGAGUCCCUGAUUCAGAUACAGAAGAAACAGAAGUAAGACAUCGUAGACCUGUUCAGCAAACUACUCAAUCAGAACCUCAGUUAGAAAAUAUUUCAACUACACCACAAAAUAGUGACGAAAUUGUUUCUCGGGGUUGGACUGGGUCAUUUUUCACAUUAUUGACAGUAUCUCCUCGUUUUUUAUUUUCUAUAUUUUCAUGGAUCUUUGAUUUUGUUAAAAGUCUUUUCUUUUCAACACCAUUAGCUGUGACGAAUCCUUUGGAAGAUGUUAAUUCAUUUAUUACAAGUUUUUCAGAAGAGUAUAAUCCUACCCAAGUUGUUCCUUUCAUAAAUAACACUUAUAAUGAAGCUGUUAAAAUGUCAAGAUCUGAAUUAAAAUUUUUAGUCGUAUAUCUUCAUUCACCUUCUCAUCAAGAUACGGAUUCAUUUUGUAGAAAUGUAAUUUCUAGUGAUAUUUUUAUUAAAUUUUUAAAAGAUAAUGAUAUUCUUCUUUGGGGAGCAUCAGUUAAAACUCAAGAAGGAUAUAAAGUAGCUAUGGCUCUUCGUGAAAAUGUUUUUCCUUAUCUAGGAGUAAUUGCUAUGAAAGAACAAAAAAUGGUACUUGUACAAAGGAUUACGGGCAUUUCAGAUGUUUCGACAAUCAUAUCAUAUCUUGAAUUUGGUAUAAAUAGAAAUAAAAGAUUUUUUGAAAUAGCUAGAAUGGAAAAAAUUCAAAGAGAACAAGAAAUUCAAUUGAGGAAAGAUCAAGAAAGAGAAUAUCAAAGAACAUUAGCUACAGAUAGAGCAAAAAAAAAUGAAAGACAACGCAAGGAAACUGAAAAAGCAGAACAAGAACGUAAGGAAAGAGAAAUUCAAGAAAAGAAAUUAGAUCAAAAAAGAAGAUUAGAUCAGAAAAUAAAUGAAAUUCGCAAUUCAAUACUUGAAGAACCAGAGAAAAAUGUAGAAGGAACUAUUACAGUAAACAUACGAUAUCCAAAUGGUAAAUCAUUUACACACCGAUUUAAUGAAAAUGAUUCAUUGGAAAGAUUGUUCAAUGCUGCAAUUAUUCAUGAAGAAUGUCCUAGAGACUUUACAUUAAUAUGUUCCUAUCCAAGGUCUGCAAUAACAUGCGCUCCGGAAUGGUACAGAGAAUUUUCUACUUGCCAGACUUUCAAAAAUGUUGACAGAGAAAUAUUGACAUUUAAAGAAAAAGGUUACACAAAAUCACUUGGAGUUCUUGUCAACGAUAAUGAUGCUUAG